AUGGCAACAUAUUCUGCUUUACCAUCUGUACGUGACGAUUUUCGUUGUUCUCUUUGUCGACAAAAAAAUGCUUUUCAUUGCGAACAUGACACACCGUAUCGUGAUCAAUUAUUAGGUACAUUUGAACAAGAAAAGGCAAAUACUACAACAACGAAUAAUCGAAAAGGUUCUCGACGAACAAGUGCACCUAAUAACACUUCUGAUAAUAACAAAACACGAAAUACAAAUAAUGAACGAAAUAUAAAUUCAAAUUCUGGUAUACAAAGUCAACAAAGUAGAAGACCAGAUCAUACAUCAUUAUCAAAUACAAAUAAAAAUACAAAUACAAAUACAAAUAUAAAUACGAAUACAAAUACAUAUAAAUUAACAAAUGAACAAAAGAAAAAAAAAGGAUGUAUUAUUUUAUAG